UGAUGCUGUAUUUUACAACAUACCAUAAAAUAUGUCAAUAUGCAUGCUCGAAAUAAAUAUAAGAAUUCACCUGCAAACUUUGAAAAACUUGGCGAAAUGUACCCUGAAUUUCGUAAACAUUUGAUUCCUACAUCAAGUGGUUUCACUGUUAAUUUCAAGAAUGCUGAAACAUUGCGUCAAUUAACAAUGACCUUGCUACAUGAGGACUUUGGAUUAAACGUAAAGUUGCCAUUAAACAGACUCAUUCCUACUGUCCCUUUAAGGUUGAACUAUAUCCACUGGAUAGAAGAUUUACUGCAGAUGUUACCAGGUCACGAAGUAGACCAAGUGGUUGGUAUUGAUAUAGGAACUGGAGCUUCGUGUAUCUAUCCAUUGCUUGCUGUCAAAAUGAAUGGAUGGACAUUUUGCGCUUCCGAAAUUGAUUCACUAUCUUAUGAGUACGCAUGCGCCAAUGUUAAGCGAAAUAAUUUUCAAGAAAAAAUUGAAGUUCGUCUUGUUCAGUCAAAUGUGGUUCUUGAGGAGCUUUUAUCACGUGAUGAUAAAAUUUAUCAUUUUUCUAUGUGCAAUCCACCGUUCUUCAGUAGUUCUUCGGAGGUCUUUAAAAACAAAUCAAGGAGUAUUAAUCGUUCGAAACCUAGCUCCAUUUGUACUGGAUCUGAAUCAGAGAUUUUGACGUCUGGAGGAGAAGUGGAAUUUGUUGCAAAAAUGAUCACUGAUAGUUUGAGACUGCGAACUCGGAUUAAAUGGUAUACUACAAUGUUAGGUAAGAAGUCAAGUGUGAUGAUUUUGGCCAAGUUAAAAGAUUCCAAUAUCCAUAAGAUAAAAACAACUGAAUUCAAUCAAGGACGUACUACACGAUGGGGAAUCGCUUGGACAUUUUUACCUGACAUCUUUAUAACGUUACCGUUACCGAAAAAAAAGAAAGGAAAGCCACUUCAGUUUUUAUUUCAUCAUAAUUAUGUUCACGGUGUUAAAUUGGUUUUAAAGAAUUCCAGAACGAUUGAAAUAAUAAACACAAUCACAGCUGCUGUUGAAAAAAUACUUCGGGAACUGGAGGUAACUGUUGUAUCAAGGACUGAUGAAGAUAGUCUUUCAAAAUUGUAUUGUUCAGCGCAGUUCAAUACUUGGGCUAAUCAGAGAAGAAAACGUCGCCUUAACGUAGGGAAACUAAAAACAACAAGUGACACUUUUAUCAAUAACAAAGAAUUUCAAAUUACACAGGAAACUGAAGUGGACAGAAAUGAUUAUGGUAUCAUAUGUUGCUCUUCGAGUUCAUCAAAUAAUUAUGAAAAUGGAAACAAACGAUCUUGUUCUUCAGACGAAGAAAGUCAGCGAAGACCCAAAGUUGCGAAAUUAGAAAAUGUUUUUCUUGAGUUUAAUGUGUUUGUUGGAGGACUCAAACAAAAUGAUGACUUUGAUGUAUUUUUUAGAAUGGAAUGGAUCAACGGCGAGGAGAAAAAUGCCAUGUAUCAACUGUUUCAACUUUUUCGAAAUCGUUUUGACAGCAAAAAAACUUUUGUAGCUUCUUAGAAAUUAGAAAUAUAUACUGAUUUUAUUGAAGACAAUAACUCUUCUUCUGUUGGUAAUGAUGAUGAAAGAAAAUGCUGCAUUUGGUAAAAUGUCAUAUGUAAACUAAACUAAAACUAACUUAAAUCAGUUAUAUACAAAUCAUGCGACACAUUGAGCCAGAAGAAAAUACCACACCAUAUAAGAUUAUAAGAUGUACGUUAAACUACGAGAAUUCUAUUUCAUUUCGUCCACUGAUAAUCAAUGUUUGUAAAGUAUGUAUGCACCGAUAAAUAUUUGAUGUCAUCUGA